AUGUCUGGCAUGAUAAGAGAAGCUGCGAAACAACUAGUUAGAAGCUUAGAAAAACUUCCGGAAGAGAGAGUGAAGCACAUAGUUUCCUUGAAGGGAUCUCAACUAGAACGGUAUAAAUAUAUUGCAGGACUCGAAACUGGUUCCCAAGGCUCGAAACAGAAACCUUCAUUACAAGACAUCAAAGACAUCAUCAACAGAACUUCAGGACCAUUAGGCUUGCAAAAAGACACUUUGAAAAAAGCGCAAGAUGUAAUUCCUGAGGAACAGUUCACUGCGGAAACCAUCCAAGAGCAAGCGCAGUCUCUCAACACAAUUUUGAGCAACAAAUACAGAGAUUACUAUUCAGUUGGUGAUAAGUUGCUAAAACCGCAGGGGAACCCCGUUUAUUACCAGCGUCUGAUGGAUGAGAUCGAGGGUAAAAAGAAGGAAACAUUUUGGACUGCCAUGAGAACUGUUGUUUUGGGGAAGUAA